CUGACUGAGUGGGCUAGACUUGACUGGAAGGAGUCAUUUUGCUGGGGAAGUAGAGUAACUGUAGAUCUGUCCCCACUCUACUGGCUGGGAGAAGCUGUGUGUUGCCAGGAGUAAGCCAACACUCAAGUCUGGGAUGGUCCCUGGGGGCAAACAUUCCUUUGUUUCUUCAGAUGUCGGAAUUUGUCUACAGUCAGUCAACUGAGGCACACAUUAGCUUUUGUUUUUUCACUGCCUGAACAAGAUUACACUUUUGCCUCACUUCAUCUACUUUUGCCUGCUUUUUUAUUUUAUUAUUUUUGUUUUCUUUGAUUCCUUUUUCUCCUGGUUGUGGAAGAAAAGAGCACUGCUGAUGUUCAUUUAAAUAAUGUCGAAACCAAUGGGACUUCUAUGGCUGCCUUUGAUCUUCACCCCAGUGUGUGUCAUGUUGAAUUCUAACUUCCUCCUGUGGAUAACUGCACUGGCUAUAAGAUUACUCUCUGAUGGUCAAGCACAAUACCCAGUGGUUACCACAAAUUAUGGCAAAAUACGUGGUUUAAGAACACCUCUGCCCAAUGAUCUUGGUCCAGUGGAACAGUAUCUGGGUGUUCCUUAUGCCUCUCCUCCAACUGGAGAAAGGCGAUUUCAACCUCCAGAACCUCCAUCAUCUUGGACGGGUGUCCGAAAUGCCACACAGUUUGCUGCUGUUUGCCCACAGUACCUGGAUGAGAGGUCACUGCUCAACGACAUGCUGCCAGUCUGGUUUACAGCCAAUCUGGAUACUGUGGUGACAUAUGUUCAAGAUCAAAUGAAGACUGCCCUGUAUUUGAAUAUCUAUGUACCCACAGAGGAUGGAGCCAACACAAAGAAAAGCGCAGAUGAUAUAACCAGUAAUGAUCGUGGUGAAGAUGAAGACAUUCAUGAUCAGAACAGCAAGAAACCAGUUAUGGUCUAUAUCCAUGGUGGAUCUUACAUGGAGGGUACUGGCAACAUGAUUGAUGGGAGCAUUCUUGCAAGUUAUGGAAAUGUCAUUGUUGUCACCCUCAAUUACAGGCUGGGGGUUUUAGGUUUUUUAAGUACUGGGGACCAAGCUGCAAAAGGUAAUUACGGAUUGCUUGACCAAAUCCAAGCUUUACGUUGGAUUGAAGAAAAUGUUGGAUCUUUUGGAGGAGACCCAAAAAGAGUUACUAUUUUUGGAUCUGGGGCAGGAGCUUCCUGUGUCAGUCUUCUGACACUCUCUCACUAUUCAGAAGGUUUGUUCCAAAAGGCAAUCAUACAGAGUGGAACAGCCCUGUCCAGCUGGGCAGUGAACUACCAGCCUGCCAAGUACACCAGGAUAUUGGCAGAUAAAGUCGGCUGUGACAUGCUGGAUACCACUGAUUUGGUUGAAUGCCUUCGAAAUAAGAAUUACAAAGAACUCAUUCAACAGACCAUCACUCCAGCCACGUACCACAUUGCCUUUGGGCCUGUGAUAGAUGGAGAUGUGAUUCCAGAUGACCCCCAGAUUCUCAUGGAGCAAGGAGAAUUCCUUAACUAUGAUAUAAUGCUGGGUGUGAAUCAAGGAGAAGGUUUAAAAUUUGUGGAUGGCAUAGUAGACAAUGAAGAUGGUGUUUCCCCCAAUGAUUUUGACUUUUCUGUCUCCAAUUUUGUGGACAAUCUAUAUGGUUAUCCAGAAGGGAAAGAUACACUGCGAGAGACCAUUAAAUUCAUGUACACCGAUUGGGCAGACAAAGAAAACCCUGAAACAAGACGGAAGACUCUGGUAGCUCUUUUUACUGACCACCAGUGGGUUGCUCCUGCCGUUGCCACUGCUGACCUUCAUGCCCAGUAUGGAUCUCCGACAUAUUUCUAUGCAUUUUAUCACCACUGCCAAAGUGAAAUGAAACCAAGCUGGGCUGAUUCAGCUCAUGGUGAUGAAGUCCCUUAUGUGUUUGGCAUUCCUAUGAUUGGCCCAACAGAACUGUUCAAUUGCAAUUUUUCCAAGAAUGAUGUCAUGCUCAGUGCAGUAGUUAUGACAUAUUGGACUAACUUCGCCAAAACUGGAGAUCCAAACCAGCCUGUUCCACAAGACACAAAGUUCAUCCACACAAAACCCAACCGCUUUGAAGAAGUAGCCUGGUCCAAAUACAAUCCUAAAGAUCAGCUUUAUCUCCAUAUUGGCCUGAAACCCCGAGUUCGUGAUCACUAUCGAGCAACAAAAGUUGCUUUUUGGUUGGAGCUUGUUCCACACCUUCACAACCUGAAUGAAAUAUUUCAAUAUGUUUCCACAACAACUAAAGUCCCCCCUCCUGACAUGACAUCAUUUCCUUAUGUUACCCGACGUUCUCCUGGUAAAUUGUGGCCAGCUACCAAACGCCCAGCAAUGACACCUGCCAACAACCCCAAACAUUCCAAAGACACCCAUAAAACAGCUCCUGAGGAUACAACAGUUCUGAUAGAAAACAAGCGAGAUUACUCCACAGAGUUGAGUGUCACCAUUGCUGUGGGGGCGUCCUUGCUGUUCCUCAAUAUUUUAGCUUUUGCUGCAUUAUAUUACAAGAAGGACAAGCGGCGUCACGAGACUCACAGGCGCCCUAGUCCCCAGAGGAACACAACCAAUGAUAUUGCGCACAUACAAAAUGAAGAGAUCAUGUCCUUGCAGAUGAAACAGCUGGAACAUGACCAUGAGUGUGAAUCACUGCAGGCCCAUGACACGCUGAGACUAACCUGCCCACCUGACUACACACUCACUUUGAGAAGGUCCCCAGAUGACAUCCCACUCAUGACUCCCAACACCAUAACCAUGAUCCCAAAUACAUUAACAGGAAUGCAGCCUUUGCAUACUUUCAACACGUUCAGUGGAGGACAAAACAGUACGAAUUUGCCCCAUGGACAUUCGACCACUAGGGUAUAGCUCAGCCCUUCCACUAUACCCUCACAAGCCACCUGGAAGAAAGAAAAUAAAUAAAUAGAAGAAGAAAAAGUUAUAAUACCAUCCAUUGAACAACUUGUCAAAAUAUAAAGUAAAAAAAAAAAAAAAAGUAAAAGAGAAGGACAGUCAUUAUUUUCUUACUGAUCCUUCCCACAGAAACUCUCUGAUAUUAAAGAUCAAGUACAAACCCUGUGAAAUGUGAAAAGUGUACAUUGCUGUUACGAUACUGCUUUAAGAUCUCAACCCCUUUAAUUGAAAGUUGAGUCCAGAAGAAAUCACUUAAAAUGGUGUUUUGAGUGUAACAAGCAGAGUCUUCUGGAACACAGAGCCAGUGACUGUACAGGUGUUUGUUCUUUUUUUUUUUUUUUUUUUAAUAAAUAAAAUAAUAAUAAAAAAAUCUUUAUGUGCCAUACCAUGAAUGGCCCUUGUUAAAACAAAGACAUCACCAUGGGCUUUUUCCCAGCAUAUGAAGCUGUAAUCCAGAUGGGGGAAAGAAAUAAAAUUUUAUUCUUAAAAACAAAAAUUAAAAAAAAAAAAGAGGAGGACUGACUAUGCAGUAAAAUACGUAUAGUUCUGUGCAAAGAGAUGACUUGCCAGCCUGAACUAUAUUUAAAGAAACUUUGUAAAAAUGUACAUAGCUGUGAGUUUAAAAACAACAAAAAAUAAGCUUUUAUUGAUGUUUUCAGUUUGAAAAGAGCUUUUAGAAAGAUUGUGCAUUCGGUUGUGACCUAUGUGUAUAUACAUUAGUCAUAUCACCUCUGUUUCCUCCAGGCCAAAGGAGGAUUUACUUCUUAAUUACUAGUGGUAAACUAAAAUCAUGCGGUUUUUCUAACAUGUUUCAUUUAUAUGAGGCCAUGGUGUCAUGCAGAGGAUACAGUUGUCUGUGUGACCUGCAUAUUUUCUCUUACAGGUUACACUAGUGCAUGUUAAAGUAUUCAUAGGAGACUUUUGCUUUUUUUCUGAAACAUUUUAUAUAUAUAUAUAAUUUAAUUUUGUGUUAGCCUUUAUUAAAUUGCAACACAGCAAUGGAUCGGAAAAUGGAAAAAAAGAUAUGAAAAAAAAAAACAAAACACUUUACCAUAAUAAGCUUGUCGAACUGAACCAAGAGACAUCCAAUAAUGUAUAUACAAAGAGUCCAGUUUGUAGUUCUCGGUUAUUGUGGUACAUUAGGAAGAGUUUUGUGCCCUGACAAUAUCUAAGAAAGCUUAUGUUUUGGUCAACUUUUUCUGAGGAAAACUAAUUCUAUAUUCACCAGCAGUUGCAGAAGGGUCUCAGCUGAGAGAGCACCUUCUCAGCUUUACUAAACAAACAAAAACAAAAACGAAACAACAACAACGACAAAAUGAAAGUGGGGAAAUGGUGACUUGGAUGGAUAGCUGUUUUUUAAAGUUUUCAGAAAGAGUUCAGAAAUUAUCAUGGUUUAGAGAACUUCUCUGCCUGGCUUUGUCCUUGAGAGGAGCACCUACCUAUCAGAAAAUGCUUUGCUGCUUUGUUACACAGCAAUCACAUAGUUGGUGAAUAUUAUGGAGACAGAAGCAGAGAAUUCAUCAGAUGUCUUGCAACUGAAUGUAACCAAAAAUUCCAGAUAAUAUCAUUGUCGGGAAAGGCAAAGUUCUUAGCUGAUUAUUCCCUUUUGCCCUUCCUUCACUGGAAAACUAAGAUCCAAGAAGAGCUACCAAACAAGAAAUUUAGGAGUUUGAUUCAAACAACUGAUUUGAAUGUGAAAAGCUAAAAAUAAGUUCUCACAGAUGAAGAUCACUUUGUAUUUUAGAACGUUACUGCAUCAAGAGAUUGUAACCAAAGAUAUUUGAACAAAAUUGGUCUGCACUCGAACAUGAUUAUCCCAGAUGUAUUUUGUACUAUAAAUUCAUGACUAAGCUGCAUCAAUAUCAUAUGUCCCAUAAGAAUCUAACACAGGAUGCCUUGUACCUCUUUUUGUUUUCUAUACUUCCUUUUUUUUUUUUUUUUUUUUUUUUUUUUUUUUCUAAUGAGACAUCUUGGAAUAGUCACUUCAACAAAAAAAGUUGAAGACCGAGGCCUAUUCAUCUGAAUGACUCCUUGUCGUAGCAGGCAGUAAAACAUUCUGAAGGAAAGAAAUAAAAAGAAAGUUAAUGACACUAUAAAAACACAAUAUGUGGAUUAUAUAAUCCCUUAUAUGUAAUAAAUGCACCAUACACCUGACCUGGAUACGUAGGUUGGAAUGUGGUGAAGCAACAAGCCCAAAGUGCAAAUAGUAGCAAAUGGAAAACCAUCUUUUUCACUGAUCCAUCACAUAAUGUUGAUUAAUGCUAUCUCUAUACCAGGCCAUUUCCACCACCUAUGUAAUGCCUCAGCCGAGAUGCAGCAGCUCGUAACUCUUAAGAAAAAAAAAAAAAAAAAAAAAAAAAAAAGGUGAAAAACAUAACAAAAAAAGAAAAAAAAAAAAAAAAAUGAAAAGAAAAAUGGUAAUGAUGCUUGGCAUCAUAAUCAGUUGGGUAUGUUUGUAAUGUGAAUUACAGUAUUUGUUUAGUACUUCCAAUUGUCUUCUGCUAGCAAUAUGUACAGUACUGUGUCAGGCUUGUGACAUUUGGGUUUAAAAAAAAAAAAAAGUUCCUGUAAGUGAAUGAUUUUAGCUUUUAAAAGUAAUUAUAAUCAAGUUGAUUUAAUAAUUUAAUACAUCUGGAAUGAUGUAUGAUUUAUAGAGGGAACAGAUUUAUAGGGUCUUCAUAGAAUUCUAUAAUAAUGAUAACAAAAUAUACUUUACAAACUGUAAAAGAAAAACAAAAGUACUUUCCCAGGCUUAUAUUCUUGACCUUAAGAGGCACGCAGGGUUUAAUGGUUUCUUCUGUUAUUGUUUUGCGAUUUUUUGUUUUUUGCCUUAAGUAAUGAUAGAAGAUAUAUAUGGCUGGACACAUAUGUAUAAACUUUUCAGCAGCAUUUUUAAUAAUAAAAUAUCACAGUAUUUUCUAAUGCUUUGUGCAAAGAACUACUUGUUCAUAUUUUUUUUUUUUUUUUUAGAAAGUCUUUCAGAGGUAUGUUUUCCGCCGCAUCUCCUCUUCAUUAUCUAAUGUAAAUGAUGCCUUGAUACACAGUACAAAAAUAUUAAAGUAACAGAGGUUGCACUUUUAAGUUAGCUUUGAGUUUUCAUGGCUAUUGUAGUUCUAUAAGCCUACCAGUAAAAAGAAAGAAACUCUGACUAUGGAGAUAAGCUCCAUAUAGUUAUUACCUGUAUGCACUGCAACUCCCACUGAAGUAAUAGUUUAAUUGUUGUUUUAGUAUUUUCUAUAGCACUGAAAAAAAGCUUAGGUAAGCAGCUUCCCAUAGUGGUGUAUAGCUUAGCAGCUGAAAAAUGUUACCUUCCAAAGUAAGGUUUAAAAUAAUUCAGAAAAAUUAAUGCUUUUAGCCUCUGCAAGGAAAUAUACUUUAAUUUAGUAUUUAAAAUUCAGAUAAAUUACUUUUUUUUUUUUUUUUUUUAAGAAAAAAUAUGUAGGAGUAGCAAUAUAAGCUACUCGUAUAUAUUUAGAGGAUUUACAUAUAUUGCAGGUAUGCCAAUAUCAUUUUUCUUUUUAAAGUUGAGUAAGCAAAUAUAAUUUUUUCUUUUAUGCUGUUAAAUUCCUUUUAUCAGCCAGGUUUCUCUUCACUGGAAAGGUACAUAAAUAUUUUAGCAACGUUGGCUGGACAUUGUUUGCUUUCUGUAAUUAUUCUGUUGAAUAGAGGUACUAACAAUAAGGUUUGAUGAAUUUUGAGUAUAUUAUUGAAGAGUAUUUGCAAAAAGCAAAUUCUGAAUGAUUCAUAUCAGAUUUUUGAUAUGAAAAAUCAAGCUUCUGAGAUAGAAACAUAUUAUGUGCCUACUGACCUAAUCAAGCAGCUUGAAUUUUGAAUAUUCAAUUUGUAUAUAAAGCUUUUGCAAAUAAACUGCAGAUUUAGAAUUGUUCAGCAAAUAUGUUUAAUUACAAGUAAUCUCUGAAAUUUCACAGCUUGUUUUGAGAUAAUUCAUACACAGGAAAAGAGGCUAUAAUUGUGUCAUUUCUGUGAAUUUUUCACCUUAAAUUGCUGGGUGAACUCAAUAAAUAACUUUUUUUUUUUUUUUCUUUUCAGUUAAUGAAUUUCACAUUAAAAAAAAAAAGCUUCAGAAGUUUGUUCACGCUAACUAAAUAUUGUGUUGUUUUCUUUCUUUACUGUCUGAAAUAUAAAUCUGCAGAUUAGUAUGUUCCUAUUUACACUUAAAAGUAUGACAAUUUAAUGGUAUUUAAUAUCACAUAAAAAUCAUACAAAAGAAUAGCAUGACAAUUACGUGCUUGUUUCAGAUUUGUAGUUUUGCAUCUGUAUUAUUUAAUUAUUGUCAACUUUUUCUCGUAUUUUCAUCUACAGCUGUUUGACAUCACAAACCUCAUCAACCUGAAUCUCUCCAGAGGCCAUUAGCAGCUGGUAAAACCUGGGAUUUUCAUCCCACUAGAAAUUAUGAUAUUAUGUAUUUAAUAUCAUAAUAUUUUAAAAUAUUUCUCAGCACCUCACAUUAGACUGACAAGUAAGAUAUUGACCUUUUAUGAAUGCAAAUGAAAAGGAAGGGUUUUGGAAAUAUCUAAAUAUCUUGCUUGAGCUGUAGAAUAAUAAACAACAUUUCACUUUGGGAUGCAGUUUUGAUUCAAACCAUUUUGUUUGGUGUUCAGCUGUGGCCACCAAGGCUCUCACUCUGUCUUCUAAUAGUUAUGUUUUUUAAGGAAGUUAUGCUUUUAUAGUCUUUUAUGGCCUACACAAACUAGUUUAUCCAAAUUUUUCUGUGGUAAAGAAGACCAAGCCACUCAGAGAUUACAUGGAUACAAGACAGUCAUAAAAUCAAAUCAGAGAAAGAAUUUUGUCGUAAGCCAAAUGACCUGUUAUUCCCCUGAGACAAAGUGGUAAUUAAGGAGAACAUGCAUUAGUAUUGCAACAACUGAAAUGUAAAAUAAGCUUUUAAUACAGCAGGUACAUUCAAUCUAUUUAUUUAUUUAUUUAUUUAUUUAUUUAAAUUGAAGGUUGACAAAUGUUUAUAAUAUCUACAUUUUCCCAACUUCCUUUUCUGCCCCUUUCCCAUAAAAACAACAACACCUUACCAGCCAGUUCUAGUCAUUUCUGAAAUAUCCACUUAUGUAAAUGAGAAAUUAAACUAAUGUUAUCUUUUUGUUUUCCCUACUACAUGUGACUCUCAAAUACUGAAAGCAUAAAAAGUUCUUCCUCUACUACCUCUUUUCAGGGACUAUAGUUUGGACUAUAUCCAAACACUUCAGAGUAGUCCCAUUCCCCAAAUUCCAGGUUUAAUUAAAAAGGAAAGGCUAGAGUCAGAACAGGCAUAUACAGGCUUAGACUAGAGAGCAGAGUUAUGUUUCUCUCCAACAGCCAAAAACAUGGCACAAAAAAAUAUUGUGAACUUUAUUUAUGUUUUAUUAAAAAAAAAAAAAGUAAU